GGUUUUCUGUGCUGACAUUCUCUCAUUCUGACAUUGGUUUCUCACCCCAUGUUCCCUGGAAUGGGAGGUGGAGAGUUCUGCCUUUGCAUGUGAUGAGGGCACUUCUGCUAUUGUCUUGGAUGUAACAAAUUCUAAGGUGUUCAACCUAUGAUGCUGAAGCCAAAGACUGCGCACAUUCAAAUCAGGAGGCUAUGUGACUUAGAAGGGAGGGUGUUCCCUUCACACACGUACAUUUGCUCGUCGUCAUUGUACAGAUGUGAGAUGAAAUGUUUUCAAGGUAAGUUUAAUGCAGGGACUGUUGACAACAGUUACACUGAAUAACGUGGAGAGGUUGGAUAUUGAACCCCAUGGCAGGAGGAGUGAACAAGCACACUUCCUCAUAAUGAAUAGUGGCAUGAUGUUUUCGGAACCACAACAUUUUGGGUUUCUAAAGAUGCUGACUUGGCAGGGUGGGUUUGGAGAUGAUGAUUCAUCUUCUGGAAGAAUCUAGAACUAGUGCUCACCCUGCUUUUAAAACCAUUUAGAUUUUUUUCCCCUCAGACGUUCAUGAGGCUUUGGAACUCAAGAAUGGUGGAGGAAGAAGCUUUUUAUGGAAGCAAUGAAUGAAACUGGAGAAGCAGGGUAUCAUGAGCAGGGUAUCAUGGGUAUCAUAUAAUAUUAUCAUGGGUAGGCAGAAUCGGCCACACUAAAUGCCAGGCCAGAUUUGAGAGGCUGGGAGACCUACUCUUGCUCAUAAUUCCUAUGUCAGCAUGUUCCUAUGGUGAUUCUCUUGGAACCUGCUGUAUCAAGGGGUGGGUCAUGUUUAGGUUUUUUUGGAAGUGGCCAAUCAAAGAUGGGAACAGACUGUGUGCGUAUAACGGACAAUGGGAUAUCAUGUUGUUGGAGGUGACACUUACACCACACAAUGACAUCUUAUGGUUCCUCACCAACCCUAGAAAAUAGGCCUUUUCUCAACCACUGGAGAUUCCGGAUCUGUUGCAGAAGAUUUUAAUCUUUUUGUCUUGCCCUGAGCAGACUCUAUAAAGACCUGCUCUUAUAAUCCAGUCUCGAGUCCUACAGACAUUGAGUCAUACAGCAUGGAAACAGGCCCUUCAGCCCAACUUGUCUACACCGACUAAAUGUCCCAUCAAUGCUAGUCCCACCUGCCUGCGUUUGGCCCAUAUCUCUCUAAACACGUCCUGCCCAUGUACCUUUCUAAAUAUUUAAUAAAUGUCCUGUGCAACUUCUGAAAAACCUGGUGCAUUUUCAUAUGGUCAUGUUAUCAAGUGUGUAUUCCUACUCUCCUUCAGUGCACAUGCAUAGCACACAAACUGAAGACUGCAAUGCCACUUCUGAACAAAAAAAGUGCCACAAAGUAGAAUUUCAACUCAAUGAAAAAAAAAAGAAACAGGGUUUAAUAGUUAUCAGAGUGCUAAUCAAAUCAGAGGGGUUACCAGUAGCAACAAGGUGUCAGACUAGCGCUAGGGAGGUUGAUUAAUAAGUACCAGAUGAGCACUGGGGCGGAAACGAAUAUUGCAGCGCCAAGCGAGCAUGGGACAGGGAGUGACAGCAGAGUACAGUGUUGGAGGACGCCUUCGUGAAUGCAGCUUCCAUGCAAGUUGCUGAGUACAAAAACAUCGGCUGCUUUGGAGUUGAAAAGACAGGGCAAUCAAAAACAGUUUCAUUCAACUGUAGCACCGCUCAGAAGGGAGGACUUUUAUCUUUGUCGAUGAAUCCAAAAGGAAUCCUUGAUUGACCGAUACCACAGAGAAAGAUACUGUUUUAUAGGCACAUGAAGCCAGGCCUCUGACAGCAGCAACUGAUGUCCGAAGCACAAUUUUGCAUGGAAAGCAUGCAGUAAGGAUCUACGUUUUUCAUUGAAGUGAAGGCUUUUGUAUUGCACCAUGGCCAACACUGCCAUGCAACUGGUAGCUUUGAUUGUCUGCAUAAUCGGCAUGGUUGGGACAUUGUCUGCUACUAUUAUGCCACAGUGGAGGAUCACAGCACACAUCGGAGCGAACGUUGUGACUGCCAUUGUCUACAUGAAAGGGCUGUGGUGGGCCUGUGCCAUGUUUAGCACUGGUGUCUUUCAGUGUGAGACCUACAACUCCGUCCUGGAGCUUCCAGCAAAUCUGCAGGCCGCACGAGCCAUGAUGGUCAUUUCCGUUGCUCUCUCCUUGCUCGCUAUCACCAUUUCUGUGGUGGGCAUGAAAUGCACUGUGUGUGCCAAGGAUUCUCCCAUAAAGGACAAAAUUGCUGGAACUGGAGGAGUCUUCUUUAUCGUAGCUGGACUGAUGGGCUUGGUACCUGUGGCAUGGACAAUGAAUGGGGUGAUACUGUAUUUCAACGACCCCUUAAUUCCAGGUGACCUCAAGUUUGAAAUUGGCGAGUCCCUGUACCUCGGGGUCGUUGCUGCCAUGUUGACCAUCAUUGGAGGAGUCAUACUGGCCAUGUCAUUCAUAGGUAGGAAAUCUGAGCCGUACAGUAGACGACCCAUGUCCUACCAGAAUCCUGCAGCAAACCGUACUGUGCCAGCACCCUCAGCAGCAUCUCUUCAUUCAAAAGCAGCAAAAUCAGAAUUCAACUCUUACAAUCUGACUGGUUAUGUGUAGAUUCAGUUGUGUGUUCAGUGGCAGUGUGGGGCACACAGUGAAACCACUUUAAGGAGUCAUUACAAAAUUAUUCUUUAUCACAAAAUCAUUCUCUCCGAAGGAAUUCAGCUGUCAAAGCCCUUGCAAAAUAGUAUAAAGAUAUCUUUUUGCUAAUACGGCAUGCAAAUUAUUAUGUACUCAUAGUUUAUAAUUUAAAAAAUAAUAAUUUUCCACAGUUUUUGACCAUUGAUGGGGUCAUUUACUAGGCUAGAAGUAAUAUUUGCUAGAAUGAAACUUGAAACAGUAUGGCUUUUUCCUGCUUUUACUACACAUCAUUCCUAGGUGGAAAGACACUACCUGAAAUGUUUAAUAAUCCUAUGCAGCUUAAAAGUAAGUCUGGGCUUUGUAUAAAAAUGACCACGGAAAAGAAACAAAUUUCAUUCUUCCAAGGAAAAAUCAUGGAUUUUGCUACAGAUUUUCUGUCAGCAUUUGCUUUUAUGUGAAUGAUUGAAUACUAAAGAGGAACAAUCCAAAUGCCUAAUCUGCAGCUGUGGAAAAGUCCGUUUUUAAAAUAGGAUUUCCUUUCACUUGUCUAAAUGAGAUAGGCUUAAGGCACGUUAAACUGUAGAUCAAAAAAAAGUUUACCCCCCUGGUUUAGUAGCUUUCCCAUUCUAGCAAGUACUCCACGUAGAAUGGCACUUUGCAAGGUGACAGUUGUAAAUAAUUGAUAGCUCAGCAAAGACUUUCCAACUCGUAGUUACAAUAGUUCCGGUUAAUUUUAGUUAAUAUCUCCUGUGAACAAAUGUCUAAUAGGUUUUGUUUAUUUUACCACUUACUCAAACUCUGUGCCAUUAAACAUUUAUGCAUUGUUCAUUCAGGAGUGGGUUGGGUGAAAAGUUAAUCAAGUGAUUUCAGUAGCGGGCCCAUGAUUGUACUACCCAACCCACAAUCUUAUCCAUUCUGGAAUAACACUUCAGUUUGUUUGACCAUUCUACCUUUAAUUCAGAAUAUCUGAUCAUUUACACACACACUGCAGGAUACCAACAUUUCAUACCAAUUAAUUUUUCUACAUCGAUAAACAAUUCAGUGGAAAUAUUUUAAGAUCUUACAUUAUUGUUAAUUUUAAAGUCGGUUCAUUCUCCCACCAUACUUGUUUAAAUUAAAUUAAAUUAAAGUUCAUUGUUAAAAAAUAAUUGUUUAAAUUAUAUGGUAGACAAAAAUGCUGGAGAAACUCAUCGGGUGUGGCAGCAUCUGUGGGGCGAAGGAAAUAGGCAAUGUUUUGGGUCGAAACCCUUCUUUAAAUUAUAUGAUAUCUGAAUUUAGUGGAACAUCCAAUGUUUUCACUUAUUUGCCCAGUGAUGGAAGUGUUGAAUUGUGUGGUGCCUUGGAAAGGUCGACAACAUUUAGAUUAAUUACUGUUACAUUUAUCACGUUGAAUGUUACAAUAUAAAAGUUGCAUGAUAAACCUUGCCAAUUCUUCUGUGUAUAACUGCCUUCAUCUGCUCUAUAGACAUUCUGGUUUCAGCCCUGAAUCAUACUCUAUGCUGAUAUGGUGGAUCUCAUCUGGGUUGAGAGUACAAUGCUCUAAAUGUAUUCAUGAAGUGCUUAGCAAGUCUCCUACAUAUUUGCCACCCAGAUUUUACCCUCUGAAACUGCCUGAGUGUAGUAGAUUAGUUGAAUAGUCUGACAGUGCCUGUUGCUGUGGACUACUUCUGAAGUGUUAACACAUGGAAAUGUACUUUGGUCCAAGUGCUUCUUUAAAUAAAAUACAUUACUCAUUAUCUGUAUUUUAUGCCAGGUGAAGAUUGGUGGAGCAUUUUAAUAGAUGUAAUUGUUGAAACAGUAACCAAGAUGGCGCCUAAUGAGAAGUACAGCAGAUGUUUACAUAUUCUGUUGUGCUGCUGCAAGUAAAAACAUAGAAAUUAGGUGCAGGAGUAGGCCAUUCGGCCCUUCGAGCCUGCACCACCAUUCAAUACGAUCAUGGCUGAUCAUCCAACUCAGUAUCCUGUACCUGCCUUCUCUCCAUACCCCCUGAUCCCCUUAGCCAGAAGGGCCACAUCUAACUCCCUCUUAAAUAUAGCCAAUGAACUGGUCUCAACUACCCUCUGUGGCAGAGAGUUCCAGAGAUUCACCACUCUCAAGUAAGAAUGUUAUUGUUCUAUCUGGGACAUAUGAGAAUAAAGCACUUGACUCUUGACAUCCAUAGGCUAAGUUGAACUGUUAUAAAUUGUUCAGCUUGGCCAUGACAGAAUAAUGUCAAAAGAAAAAUAAAGUUCCACAGAGCCCUAUCACACUAUGUGCAGGCCAGAGUGAACGAGCGCCUGCUGCACUGUUACAUAGAAACAUAGAAAUUAGGUGCAGGAGUAGGCCAUUCGGCCCUUCGAGCCUGCACCGCCAUUCAAUAUGAUCAUGGCUGAUCAUCCAACUCAGUAUCCCGUACCUGCCUUCUCUCCAUACCCCCUGAGCCCCUUAGCCACAAGGGCCACAUCUAACUCCCUCUUAAAUAUAGCCAAUGAACUGGCCUCAACUACCCUCUGUGGCAGAGAAUUCCAGAGAUUCACCACUCUCUGUGUGAAAAAAGUUCUUCUCAUCUCGGUUUUAAAGGAUUUCCCCUUUAUCCUUAAGCUGUGACCCCUUGUCCUGGACUUCCCUAACAUCGGGAACAAUCUUCCUGCAUCUAGCCUGUCCAACCCCUUAAGAAUUUUGUACGCUUCUAUAAGAUCCCCUCUCAAUCUUCUAAAUUCUAGAGAGUAUAAACCAAGUCUAUCCAGUCUUUCUUCAUAAGGCAGUCCUGACAUCCCAGGAAUCAGUCUGGUGAACCGUCUCUGAACUCCCUCUAUGGCAAUAAUGUCCUUCCUCAGAUUUGGAGACCAAAACUGUACGCAAUACUCCAGGUGUGGUCUCACCAAGACCCUGUACAACUGCAGUAGAACCUCUCUGCUCCUAUACUCAAAUCCUUUUGCAAUGAAAGCUAACAUACCAUUCGCUUUCUUUACUGCCUGCUGCUUCUAGGGAACUCCCAUGUCAGAGUGACAUGAACUGACUGCUCAACCAAUAAUACUUGGCGAAUAACACCAUUGUCUUCAAGCCAAUCCAUCACUGGAACAAACAGCAUGUUAUUGCUGAAUUAAAUUUGGACAUUAUAUGGCGUUCUCACAUAUCAAAUUAGUACUUUUGCAUGUUUCUGUUCUCUAACACUCCACACACGGAACCUGCAACUCCGUUCCUGGAGUGGGCCAUCUCAACACUCCCCAUCUCUGCAGAUUAGAAACUGAUUGUUCCCUGUUCUGUGCAAGCGUUAUUAAUCAAUUUCUGUCUGGUGGAACAUUUCAGGGAUCUUUUUUUUAUAAAUCUCUUUUUAAAAUGCCCAUGGUCAAAGGAGCUUUCUAUUUUACUGAAUUUGAAUGAUCAAUUGUUCAGCAAAACAAAUCUGUGUCUGGUUCUUAAGAAAGAUUUGGUGGAGAUUGAGACCAUGAGCAGUUUCUUUGUUGAAUGCUAAAUAAUUAGGAGUUUAUGUCAAUUGAUUUUGUGAACUCUAAUCAUUUUCCCAGAAAAUUUGAUUUCAAGUAUUGAAAAUAACAAUAUUCCUUUUUUCUAGGCAUAAGAAAAAAAGCUUCAAGAUAUUAACCAGAACAUUUUAAAAUGGAGUCAUUACUCUUAUAUUAACACUUCAUAAACUGCGAGAUGUUCUGUUAUUACUGAUUUUUAAGUUUAUCAGAUCAAUUGAAUAAGAAAUUAAUGUACUUUGUAGAUUUAUUUUACUUUUUGCCUCACUUAUUGACAAUUUUCUUGAGAUUAUAUAUUUACAAAAAUGAAAAAAGUCAUUGAUAAUUAACGAUUGUAAUCAACAUAUACUGGGAACAAUAAAAUAUUCUGAUCA